CCGAUCACUCGUUGUCAGCCAUGUUGUUGGUGUGACACACCGAGCUGUCAGCAACAGGUCCUCGGGGCUGUAAAGCCAACAAAACUUCACUUUUCUCCGUCUCAUUGGAUUUCUCGGUGGAUAUUAAGCUCUACAUAUCUGCGGGACCGCCCGAAAAGCGGUGGAGGAUAGUUUUGAACCGCUGGAAAGCUCGGAAGUGUGUGUAAUUCCUGUCGGCGGAGAGAGAUGGCCGUGAGCCGGAGCUGAGGACGCCACUGGGAGUUCUCCACUUGCAGACAUGAAUGGUAGUACUAGUAUUUGGGCCAUCUCUCCAGAGGAGAGGGACAAACAUGACCAGAAGUUUGACACCCUCUCCCCUUCAAUGGGAUACGUCUCAGGGGAGCAGGCAAGAAAGUUCUUCCUCCAGUCGGGGCUGCCGCCCUCAGUGUUGGCUGAGAUAUGGGCUCUGGCUGACAUGAAUAAAGAUGGAAAGAUGGACCGGUUGGAGUUUUCUAUUGCGAUGAAGCUCAUAAAGCUCAAACUGCAGGAUACAGCUCUUCCCUCAGCACUGCCAAUCAUCAUGAAACAGCCUCCGGUGUCUGCUCCCAGCCUUAAUAACCCUGCAUAUGGUAUUGGCUCGAUGUCCUCCUUACCCAUGAUGCCUGGAGCGAACCUUUCCUUGUUGACUCCCAUUUCCAUGGCAAACCCCGGACUCUCUACACUGACACCUAUGACGGGCCUCACCCCUCUGGUUCCCACGGCAACAGGCCUGAGCCCGCUAAUUGCUUCUGCCCCCUCGAGGCCCAUGAUGCCCACCAUGGGGAGCAGCACGCUGCCAAACGGCACCAUGGGACUCCUUCAACCAAUCCCUGCUGGAACGAUGACUGCAGGCCUGCCUCUGUCUGCGACCUCCUACGCCUCCCCACUUGGCCUCUCACCUUCAGGUGGAAUGAACAAAGCUCAAUCACUGCUGGACCUGGGAUCUAGCAGCCCUGCGUCGUCCUCCCCGUCCUUCAUGAAAGCCAUGGCUGCCGGUCCCAGUGACUGGGCUGUGCCACACGCCUCCAGACUCAAGCACAGGCAGCACUUCAACAUCCUGGAUAAACAGAUGACAGGAUACCUCACAGGUCAGCAGGUGAGAGGUGCCAUGGCAACUACGAUGUUAACACAGGCACAGCUGGCCUCCAUCUGGACUUUAUCGGAUGUGGAUAAGGACGGCAAGCUAACGGCUGAAGAGUUUAUUCUGGCAAUGCAUCUUGUUGACAUGGCAAAGAGCGGACAAGUACUGCCACUGACACUGCCAAAUGAGCUGGUACCACCCUCUCAAAGGAAUGCAGUGAAUGGAUCCAGCCCCUCUGUCUACUCGGCUCUGAUUGAUGACUUGGACAUAGAGCCCCCACAGAAAUCCAGACCCAACAUGUCAUUUGAGGAUAAAUUCAAAGCCAACCUGGAGAGAGGGAAUGCAGAGUUGGAGAAAAGACGACUGGCGCUGCUGGAGGCAGAGAAAAGGGAGCAGGAGCGGCGCGCUCAGAAGGAGAGAGAGGAGCGGGAGAGGAGAGAACGGGAGGCCAGGGAGGCCGAAGAGAGGAGGAAAAAGGAGGAAGAGAAGAGGCUGGAGCGACAGAGAGAGCUGGAGAGGCAAAAAGAGGAGGAGCGACAGAGGGAGCUGGAGAGGAAAGAGGCUGCACAGCGGGAGCUGGAGCGUCAGAGGAAGGAGGAGUGGGAGAGGAGGAAGAAAGGUGAGCUCCAGAUCAAGAAGGAGCAGGAGCAGGAUGAAAUAAUCAAACUGAAGGCGAAAAAGAGGAGUCUGGAGAUGGAGCUGGAAGCAGUGGGUAACAAGCAUCGCCAGAUCUCAGAUCGACUCAGUGACAUUCAGAACAAGAAGAAGCUUCACAAAACGGAGCUGGAUCUGAACACACAGAGGAAAGAGACACGUCAACAAGACCUUUACAGCCUGCAGAAACAGCUGGAGGAGUUUCAGAGGAAGUUAUCUCAAAUGACUCCGGAGCAAAAGAGGCUGACAGAGAAACUUGCAAACAUGUCUCUGAACAACAUGCCAGCAACAACCAUAACCACCCUGAAAGUGGGUGUCACAGAGAAAAAAGGGAGUUGCAUAAAGCUGCGAGACCAGCUGGAGGCUCUGGAGAAGGAGACUGCCGCUAAACUGGCUGAGAUGGAUCGGUACAACCUGGACAUACAGGAACUGAGAGAAAGCCAGAAGAAGCAGCAGGCGGCGCUGGAAAAGCUGCGAAGCAUCAAAGAGGAGAAACGGCGUGAGCUGAUCCGAAAGAAGGAACAGGAAGAGGAAAGGAAGAGGCAGGAGGAGGAAAGGAGGCGGAGGGAGGAAGAGGAACAGAGGCGUAUAAAGAUGGAAAAGGAACGUCAGUGGCAGGAAAAGUUGAAGAGAGAAGAAGAUGAGCGUCAGAGGAAGCUUCAGGAGGAGAGGGAGGCCAAACAGAGGGCGGAGGAGGAGAAAGAGAGGCAGGCACUCAUCCAGGCCGCCAAGGAGGAGGCCGAACGAGAGAUGAGGGCAAAGGAGGAGGCUGAGCGCAAAAGAAGGGAGGAGGAGGAGAGGAAGAAGAGGGAAGAGGAGGAGCGGCGGAGGCAAGUAGAAAGACGGAGGCAGGAAGAGGAGAGAAGGAGACUGGAAGAGGAGCGGAAGCAGCUUGAGGAAGAGCGGCGAAAACUGGAAGAGGAGAGGAGGCAAGAGGAGAGGAGGAGAAAAGAAGAGGAGGAGCAACGCAAAAGGGAGGAGGAGAGACGGAGGUUAGAGGAGGAAAGGAGAGAGGAGCAGCGCCGGCGAGAGAGAGAGGAGGAGGACAGGAGGAGGCAGAGGGCGGCUGAGGCGGCAGUCCGAGAUUCCGAGGAGAGGAGGAAGCGAGAGGAAGAGGAGAAAAAGAGGAGAGAGGAGGAGGACAGAAGAAGACGAGAUGAGGAGAAGAGACGGCUUCAUCAGCAGCAGGAGGAGGAGAGGAGGAGACGCGAGGACGAGAGAAAACGGGCCGAAGAUGCAAGGAAGAGAAAGGAGGAGGAAGAGGAGCGGAGGAAAGCUGAGGAGGACAGGAGGAGGAAGGAGGAGGAGAGAAAGAAGAAAGAGGAGGCUCCUCGUCAGCAGCUGCCUCCGAGUGUGGGAGGGAAGCUGGAUAUCCAGGCUCUGCUGAGAGGACUGGAGGAGAGGAAGGGCGGGCAUCCGAGAAACAAGCAGCACCGGAAGUCAGCAUCCCUCACGUCUUUCAAAGCGCUCUACCCGUUCACUGCACGAAACAACGAGGAGCUCAGCUUCAACGCAGACGACAUCCUGGAGGUGGAUGAGACGACGGAGCGCGAGGAGGGCUGGCUCUAUGGCAGCAAGCAGGGGAAGAUGGGCUGGUUCCCUGAGAGCUAUGUUGAGCGUGUGGCCUCGUCAGGCUCCGCUAAUACCGCCGCAGCCUCUGCUCCUGCUAAACUGGCCCUUCAGUCUCAGCUCUCCAACGCCCUCGAGGCUGCCAAGGUAGCAGGGGCAAAGUCCGCCUUCACGCCAACGCACUCUCCAAACCCUGCGCCGUCUGACACUCAAGGACAGCAGGUGGUGGGGAACGUGUUGGCUCAAGCGCUUUGCUCCUGGACUGCAAAGACGGAUAACCAUCUGAACUUCAACAAGGACGACGUGAUUCAGGUGCUGGAGCAACAAGAGAACUGGUGGCUCGGAGAGCUCAAUGGCGAACAGGGUUGGUUCCCGAAAACUUAUGUGACCCUGCUGGGAGAAGAAGAAGCUGUAGACACAAAAACUUCCGGACUCGAUGUGGCAGACUCGAGUGACAGCUUGCAGCUUGAAGAGUACGUAGCGUUGUACACCUACGAGUCGCCAGAGGUCGGCGAUCUGACCUUCACAGAGGGGGACGUGAUCCUGGUGAGCAAGAGAGACGGCGAGUGGUGGAACGGCUCGAUAGGCGACCGCACAGGCGUCUUCCCCAGCAACUACGUCAAACCUAAAGAGGCCGAUACAACUAGCACAUCCGCAAAGAAGAAGCCAGAGAUCGGCCAGGUGAUCAAGGCUCACUCCUCCUCGGGCCCAGAGCAGCUCAACCUGGAGAAUGGCCAGCUCGUCCUCAUCCUGGGCAAGAACGCCUCCGGCUGGUGGCUCGGGGAGCUGCAGGCACGUGGUAAAAAGCGUCAGAAGGGCUGGUUCCCUUCCAGCAAUAUUAAAUUAUUGGGUUCCAACAGUGGCAAAUCCACACCAGCUCAUCAACCAGUCUGUCAGGUCAUUGCCAUUUACGACUACAAGGCUGCCAACGACGACGAGAUGAGCUUCUCUAAAGGGCAGCUGAUCAACGUUCUGGACAAGACCAACCCUGACUGGUGGAAAGGAGAGCUCAGCGGCACCACCGGCCUCUUCCCCACCAACUACGUGAAGGUGACCACGGCGGACUGCGACCCCAGCCAGCAGUGGUGUGCAGACCUGAACAGCCUGGACGCCCUGAGCCCCCAGGAGAAGAAGCGACAGGGUUACAUCCACGAGCUGAUCCAGACCGAGGAGAGAUACGUGGAGGACCUGCAGAUCGUGCUGGAUGUGUUUCACAGGCCCAUGUCCCAGUCGGGCCGACUGACCGAAGCAGAGAUGUCCAUGAUCUUCGUCAACUGGAAGGAGCUGCUGGCCUGCAACGCCAAACUGGUCAAAGCUCUGGGCGAUCGGAAAAAGAUGGAAGGGCAGAACAUGCCGGUGCAGAUGAUCGGAGACAUCCUGGCCGCCGAGCUGUCCCACAUGCAGCCUUACAUCCGCUUCUGCUCCAGUCAGUUCAACGGAGCCGCGCUGCUCCAGACUCGCACCGACAACGAGCCAGACUUCAAGGACUUUCUUAAGAAAAUUGCCACAGACUACAGGUGUAAAGGGAUGCCGCUGUCCAGCUUCCUGCUGAAGCCGAUGCAGCGCAUCACACGGUAUCCUCUGCACAUCAAAAAUAUCCUGGAGUGCACAGCUGAGGGUCACGCCGACCGAGGUCACCUGAAAGAGGCUCUGGAGAGGGCGGAGGAGCUCUGCCAGCAGGUAAAUGAGGGCGUGAGAGAAAAGGAAAACUCUGAACGACUGGAAUGGAUUCAGAACCACGUACAGUGCGACGGUGCUGCAGAGCAUUUGGUCUUCAACUCGCUCACAAACUGCUUGGGUCCCAGGAAACUGCUGCACAGCGGCAAGAUGUACAAGGCUAAAAGCAACAAGGAACUCUGGGCUUUCCUCUUCAACGACUUCCUGCUUCUCACUCACUCGGCUAAACCGUUCUCCUCGUCUGGUCCCGAUAAACUAUUCAGCAACAAAAGCAACACACAGCUCAAGAUGUACAAACCACCUGUCCUGCUGAAUGAAGUCCUGGUGAAGCUCGCGGAUCCUUCCAGUGAUGAGCCCACCUUCCACAUCUCACACAUCGACAGAGUCUACAUCCUGAGGACCGAAAACAUCAACGAACGGACGGCGUGGGUUCAGAAGAUUAAAGCUGCAUCAGAGGAGUUUAUUGAGACCGAGAAGAGGAAAAGAGAGAAGGUCUAUCAAGCGGCCCGAUCUGUGAAGGCCAGCGGGAUCGGCAGGCUGCUUGUCACCGUCUUGGAAGCCACUGAACUGAAGGCGGGAAAACCCAACGGUAAAAGCAACCCGUACUGCGAGGUGACGAUGGGGACGCAGAUCUUCACCUCCAGGACGCUGAAUGACACUCUGAACCCAAAGUGGAACUUCAACUGUCAGUUCCACAUCAAAGACCUUUACCAGGACGUCCUCUGCAUCACCAUCUUCGAACGAGACCAGUUCGGACCCGACGACUUCCUGGGUCGGACAGAGGUCCCCGUGGCGACUAUAAAGAAAGAGCUGGAGAACAAGGGCCCGGUGACGCGCCGUCUCCUCCUGCACGAGGUCCCCACCGGAGAGGUGUGGGUCCGCCUCGACCUGCAGCUCUUCGGCAGCAGAUAGCCGCGUCAGACCAACCGAUGGGAAACACCUCCAAAUACCAACUAACCAAACAAGACGAGCUGCUUGAAUCCUCCUCUACAAUCAAGAACGAAGACUUGUUACCACGUGCUCCAAAAUGGACUCUAUCAAUAAGAAACCCUCAAACUGUUACAUACAUCAAGACUUCAGAGUUAAUAUUAGCCGGCGUUAAUAAUACCUCAGUACAGUUAGGGCCGGAAAAGCCGACUGGUGCAAUAUUAUAGUUUCUCCACAGUACUUUGAAGGUCUGUCUCCUCGAGCAGCGGAGACACAGCUGUAGUAAAUCACAACCUCAAGACCAAGUUAAAACUGGACAAAGGAAGCUAACAAGUACAUAGUAACAGGAGCUAAUAAAGCUAUUAAAUCUUCUAAAGGGUUUUAUCAUCCUGUCUUUUUUAGGUAUUCUCACUUUGCCAAAUCUGCACAACUAAGGCCAUUUAAAGCAUUGAAAUUCAAGUUGCUUUUGCUUCAUCUGAACUGUCAGGAUUCAUCUGUGUGAUUUGAUUUUUUUUUUUUUUAAAUAUGUGAGGAGAUCAGGACUGAUGGGUUCUGAGAGGGGUUGACCUGCUAUCAUAAGCUGCGUGGCCUCGGCGUCGGCUUCGCUCAGUGACUUUAAGAGCUUCGGAAACGAGGGGCGAUGGAUGAUUGACGGCUGCGUUAAAUGCCUGAGACGGCCCGGAGGAGGAGUUUCAGUCUGUAGCUGGUUUACUACUGUAGACGGGAGAUCUCAGGACACGUUGUUCUGGGUUCAGUCUGUGUCACUGUAACUGCAGGGGUUGUUUUCCUUCUGGGUGUUUGUGACGACAUAUCUUCAGGGUGUAAACUCACUGAAACAGUUGGGAUAUGGAGAUACGCUCACCUGAGGGGCUUUGAUGCUGCAACAUGUGGAGCUAACUCAACCUUCGGCCUUAACGCGUCUCUUCUCUGAUGUCCUUUUCUAAAAACUCCUUUGGGAUAAAACUGUUUGGUUAUAACCUUCUUUGCUUCAUUUUGGGAGUGCAAAAGCAGCUCAGUAAUUCAAGUGCAGAAUAAAGAAGGUGAGACGAAGCUGCGUUCCUGAACUCCUUCCACACCUCUGUCUUUCUCACUCGCUGAGGCGACGGUUCCUGCUUUGCCUUUUUGGCACAAAUUCUAUGGCGUCAACUUUUGGAUCCGUCUCUGACUUUCCAGCAACAACAUCAGUGUUUCUCUCAAAUGUAUUUUUGUUCUUCAUACGUUUCUCUGUCAGUCAUGAAUGAUUUGUGCUGCUUCAGUGCUUUUCUGGUUGACGGCAUUGUUCUGUUGCCUCGCUCAUCCACCAUUAACGGUUCGGGAUUAUGGUUCUUCAAACUGUAUAUUUAUAUUAGAAUUUGACUUUUCAGUGUCUUGUGUUGACUCUCUCUCCAGUGUCUUCCCUAACUCUCGGAACCUGCUGGAGCUCUGGAUCUAUCCAAACGAGCAAGUGUUGUAUUUAUUUCUUAAUUUAUGCGUGCGACUAUCCCGGAGGUCUGUGAGCCUUUGCUGUGUCUUCAUGGAGAAUCUGUUUUCACUGGGUUCGCUUUCAACAUGUUGACGCCAUUUCCACCGCUGGUUCAGUCCCCCAGCUGAUCCUCUGGUUGCGGUUACUUUUUACUGUAAGUUCAUAGGUCACUAGUCAUUUACUUAUGCUCGCUCUCAUUUCUUUCAUUUAGCGGUUUGUUUUUAAGCCUUGUAUUCAUUUGAUUUUUGAAUUUGUGGGGGCAAAGAGACUGGACUGCCGUUCUUUGUCUGUCUGAAUGUGUUAAGAUUCUUUUGUUUUUGUUUUAUUUUCCGCCUCCUCCUGUAUCUAAUGAUGCUGCGCCGCCUUGUCCUCGCUAACCUGGACUGUUUUUUUCACAGCUGAUCAGAAACCGAGUCUGUAACCUGCUGUCUGUACUCACUUUUUGCUUCUGUGUGGCGUUCUCUGAAUCAGGGUUUUUAAAGCUAAUUAAAGACUAAUUAAAAGUGAGCAAACUGUCA